ACAGUAACAUCUGGACCCAGUUUCCUUUAAGGUUCCUGAUGGGGAACAGUUUUGGAGCUGGAGCAGAAGAGAGGAGAAGUUGCACCGCCCUGGUUCAGGCAGCAGGGCUGGAGCAGAUAAAAGCUCAGAUAGUGAUUGAAAGUGAUGGUAAAAGGAUUUAGCCUGGGCAUUAACUGAGAGAGAGAGAGAGAGAGAAGCAGAGAGAGAGAGAUAGAGAGAGAGAGAGAAACAGAGAGAGAGAGAGAGAGAGAGGAGAAGGAGGAGGAGGAGGAGGGAGGGUGAUAUUUUCCAUAAAGCCUUUUUUUCUCGCUUUUCUUUCUGCCCUUGAGCAUCCCGGGUAAACCCGAGCUUGUAAAGUGGGAAGAGGAGGAGGAGAGGAGGGGAAGAAAAAGAAGAAGAAGAAGGGCGGGCACAAGCCUUUCCUCAAAGUCAAUAUUUUAUACUUUUGAUACUCCUUGACGCUGGAUUUCGGUCCUUCUUUUUCCCCCCAGCAGCCCGUUUCCAGAUCUAUCUAGGACACCGAUCAAACCACUGCGCGCAGCUCAUCCAUCCAUCCACGGUGGUGUGAGCAAAAAGUAUCCGGCAGAGGAGGAAAACAAGCCGGGAUCAGGCAGAGAUAACGGGAGUAUACAGUGAGGAGGACGAGUACAGUGGAUGAUCGGAGAUCUGUUUCAGCCCAAAAAGAGAGAGAGGAGGACGUGCACGUACUCCCAAAGUGCUGACCUGUCUCUGCCUGGAUGCACGUUAUAGAAGACAAUCACAGGAGCUCCAAUGGAUGUACCUGAAGACGCAGCAGCAUCGCCUCCUUCUUCAUCAUCAUCCUCCUCCUCCUCACCGACCAGCUUCACUGUCUCCCCGCAGGACGCAGCUCUCUGAGGACAUGGACCCGCGUUAACAUCUCCCACCAACAACUCCCCCCUGCAACACUAUGGUUAAAGUGCAUGCCGAGAUUCAUCUCUGUAACAUUAUCCGCCUCUCCACACAAUCUAUAAGCCUGGAGGCGAGUUUUUCCUGCAGCCUCUCCAUUCACAGUUACAGCACCAUGGCGGUAAAGAUGUCAACUAUCUCCUUAUGAUCACCGCUCCAUGCGCCUCACCACCUUUCCUCUGAGCUCCACUGAACACCCUCACCCACCCCAGCCUGCCAUGCUCCUCCAGGCCGUGUUGCUGCUGCUGCUGCUGUGCUGCUUGGCCUCCACUCUGGCCCAGUACGAUUCGUGCAAGUCCCUGGUGAGCACGGAUGAGGGCUCGGUGUGGGAGCAGUACGCGUGCCAGCCCAAAACCGCGUCCAUGAAAGAUCACAUGCGGAUCAAGGUGGAUCCACCGGGGAUCACUUGUGGGAAUCCGCCCGAGAGGUUCUGCACUCUGGAGAACCCAUACCUGUGCAGUGAUGAGUGUGAUGCCUCAAACCCAGACUUGGCCCACCCUCCUCAGCUGAUGCAGGACAAAGAACGCAACGGUCUACUAACCUACUGGCAGACAGUCACAUGGAGACGCCACCCAGAGCCCCUGCUGGCCAACAUCAGCAUGUCCUGGAACAAGACUCUGGAGCUCACAGACGACAUCCUGUUCACCUUCGAGUACGGCCGUCCCACCAUCAUGGUACUGGAUAAGUCCAUGGACCACGGUCGCUCCUGGCAGCCCUACCAGUUCUACGCUGACGACUGCAUGGACGCCUUCAACAUGCAGCCCAAGCGUGUGCGCGACCUCUCGCCCGCCAACAUCACACGGGUCAUCUGCACCGAGCAGUACUCGCGCUGGGUCGGCUCCAAGAGCGACAAGAACGUGAAGUUCGAGGUGCGGGCGCGUUUUGCGGUCUUUGCGGGGCCGAAGCUGCAGAACAUGGACAGCCUGUACACUCGCAUGGAAAGUAUGAAGGGAUUGAGGGACUUCUUCACCUUCACCAACCUUAGGUUGAGGCUUCUCAGGCCCGCCCUCGGAGGCACCUAUGUCCAGAGAGACAACCUGCUCAAGUACUUCUAUGCCAUCUCCAACAUCGAGGUACCUUCCAGGUGUAAGUGUAACCUCCAUGCCUCCCAGUGCCUGCUGCAGGAAGGGAACCUCCAGUGCCAGUGUGAACACAACACCACCGGCCAGGACUGCCAGCGCUGCAAGAAGGGCUUCAAAGCCAAGUCCUGGAAGGCUGGUUCCUACCUGCCAACACCCAAUGGAACCCCCAACACCUGUACAAUUGCUGGUUCCCCCUCCGGUUCUACCACGACAUUUACGGCCCCUCAAGGUGGAGAUGAGACAGAGGGUGGAGCUAAAGCUGGGGGUAAAACUCAAGGUGAAGGUGGACCCAAGGGCGAAGCAGAGAGCGCCACAACCAUCUCAGAAGCUGGACGGCCCCCAGCCCCUCGGGAAGAGUCCAUUGCCUCCAGCGGUUCUGUUUCUGUGGCUGGAGACUCACAUUUCAGCUCUCUAAAGCCUCAUCAUUCAGAUCUAAGUGAAGACACGAGAGCUCCACCGGCACAAGCCAGAGUUACAGACAGCUCAACCCCACUAACAGACAACGUGUUACACACCAGGCCUUUGUCUGAGCUUCCACUGGUACCCAUGGGAGAAUCUGACACACUUCCUGUUACAGCAGAGGUUCACCCUCCUUCAGCAUCCUCUCCGUCAGAGGAGCACCGAGUUUCCCUGACACCGGAGCAGUUCACACCUUCAGAGACGAUCCCCGAACAUUCACAUCUGUCUCACACGGUCCCAAAGGAGUCCACACAUCAUUCGGCCGUUGAUCAUCCUCAUCAUCAACACCAUCCAAUCACAAUAGAUUCCGUCUUGACUCAUCUUCACCAUCCCACAAGCCUGCAUGAAACUGAAAAACAGUCGGAGCCGAGGCAUAGUGAGAGAGGAGUCUCCCACAAUUCUGACGGACACGUACAUGAGAGUCAUGGCCACAAAACCUCAUCUGAGCACGGGGAAGAGAAAGAAAGAAUAACUGAAAAGACAGUCUCCCACAAGUCUGAAGGACAUGUACAUGAGACUCAUGGCCACAAAACAACCUCAUCUGGACACGGGGAAGUCCCGCACAAGUCUGAGGAACACGUUCAUGAGACUCAUGGCCACAAAACAACAACAACCUCAUCUGGGCACGGGGAGAAAAGAGAGGAGGAGAAAGAAAGAAAAACUGAGGAGACAGUCUCCCACAAGUCUGAGGGAAACGUUCAUGAGACUCAUGGCCACAAAACAACAACUUCAUCUGGGCACGGGGAGGAAAAGAAGCAUGAGGAGCAUAACAAAAUAAAUGCUGAAAGGAAAGUCCCCCACAAGUCUGAGGAGCACGUACAUGAGACCCAUGGCCACGUACAAGAGACUCAUAGCCAAACACAAGAGAAUCAUGGCCAUGUACCAGAGACUCAUAGCCAGGGGCAUCAGACUCAUGGCCAUGUACCAGAGACUCAUGGCCACGUACAAAAGACUCAUGGCCACGUACAAGAGACUCAUGGCCACGUACACGAGACUCAUGGCCACGUACAAGAGACUCAUGGCCACGUACAAGAGACUCAUGGCCACGUACAAGAGACUCAUGGCCACGUACAAGAGACUCAUGGCCAGGGACAUCAAACUCAUGGCCAUGCACCAGAAACUCAUGGCCACACACAAGAGACUCAUGGCCACACACUAGAAACUCAUGGCCAUGCACAAGAGACUCAUGGCCAGGGACAUCAAACUCAUGGCCACGCACAAGAGACUCAUGGCCAGGGACAUCAAACUCAUGGCCACGCACAAGAGGCUCAUGGUCAGGGACAUCAAACUCAUGACCAUGCACCGGAGACUCAUGGCCACACACAAGAGACUCACGGCCACACACUAGAGACUCAUGGCCACGCACAAGAGACUCAUGGCCACACAUUAGAGACUCAUGGCCACGCAGAAAAGACCCAUGGCCACGUACAAGAGACUCAUGGCCACAUACAAGAGACUCAUGGUCAGAAACAAGAGACUCAUGGCCACGCACAAGAGACUCAUGGCCACGCACAAGAGACCCAUGGCCACAAAACAACCUCAUCUGGACACGGGGAAGUUUCCCACACAUCUGAGGGACACGGACAUCAGAUUCAUGGCCAGGGACAUCAGACUCAUGGCCACGUACAAGAGACUCAUGGCCAGGUACAAGAGACUCAUAGCCAGGGACAUCAGACUCAUGGCCACGUACAAGAGACUCAUGGCCACGUACAAGAGACUCAUGGCCACGUACCAGAGACUCAUGGACAUGCACAUGAGACUCAUGGCCAUGUACAAAAGACUCAUGGCCAUGUACAAGAGACUCAUGGCCACGUACCAGAGACUCAUGGACACGCACAUGAGACUCCUGGACACACACACGAGACUCAUGGCCACAUAAAAGAGACUCAUGGACACGUUGAUGAGACUCAUGGCCACGCACAAGAGACUCAUGGCCACGGACAAAAGACUCAUGGCCACGCACAAGAGACUCAUGGACACGUACAAGAGACUCAUGGCCACAUAAAAGAGACUCAUGGAUACGUUGAUGAGACUCAUGGCCAAGCACAAAAGACUCAUGGCCUCAUACGGGAAGCUCAUGGCCACGUGCAAGAGACUCAUGGCCACGUACAAGAGACUCAUGGCCAUGCACAAGAGACUCAUGGCCAUGCACAAGAGACUCAUGGCCACGUAAAAGAAACUCAUGGCCACGUACAAGAGACUCAUGGCCAUGCACAAGAGACGCAUGGCCACGUACAAGAGACUCAUGGUCAUGCACAAGAGACUCAUGGCCACGUACAAGAGACUCAUGGCCACGUACAAGAGACUCAUGGCCACGUACAAAAGACUCAUGGCCACGUUGAUGAGGUUCAUGGCCAUGCACAAGGGACUCAUGGCCACAUAAAAGAAACUCAUGGCCACACACAAAAGACUCAUGGCCACGUAGAUGAGACUCAUGGCCACGUACAAAAGACUCAUGGCCAAGCACAAGAGACUCAUGGCCACACACAAAAGACUCAUGGCCACGUUGAUGAGACUCAUGGCCAUGCACAAGAGACUCACGGCCACGUACAAAAGACUCAUGGCCACGCACAAGAGACUCACGGCCACGUACAAAAGAUUCAUGGCCAAAUACAAGAGACUCAUGGCCACGCACAAGAGACUCAUGGCCUGGGACAUCAGACUCAUGGCCACGUACAAGAUACUCAUGGCCACACAAAAGAGACUCAUGGCCAGGGACAUCAGACUCAUGGCCACGCACAAGAGACUCAUGGCCACACAAAAGAGACUCAUGGCCAGGGACAUCAGACUCAUGGCCACGUACAAGAUACUCAUGGCCACACAAAAGAGACUCAUGGCCAGGGACAUCAGACUCAUGGCCACGCACAAGAUACUCAUGGCCACACAAAAGAGACUCAUGGCCAGGGACAUCAGACUCAUGGCCACGUACAAGAUACUCAUGGCCACACAAAAGAGACUCAUGGCCAGGGACAUCAGACUCAUGGCCACACAAAAGAGACUCAUGGCCAGGGACAUCAGACUCAUGGCCAUGUACAAGAUACUCAUGGCCACACAAAAGAGACUCACGGCCAGGGACAUCAGACUCAUGGCCACGUACAAGAAACUCAUGGACACGCACAUGAGACUCAUGGACACUCACAUGAGACUCAUGGCCACAAAACAACGACCUCAUAUGGGCACGGAGAAGUGCACCACAAACCUGAGUGGGAAAGAGGGAGUCACGGGUCCCCGAAAUACACCUUUGGGAAAGAGGAUGAAGACAGAGACGAGAGAGCAAGAGAGAAACGGAAAGGGCUUCUGAAACUCUUGAUCUCAGGAGAGCCCCAGGCCAGACAGUUGUUUGGGAUCAUAUACGAUGAUUUCAGAGACUGUGAGUGCUACGGCCACUCCAACCGCUGCAGCUACAUCGACUACCUGAACAUCGUCACAUGCGUCAGCUGCAAGCACAACACCAGGGGCCAGAACUGCCAACACUGCAGACUGGGAUACUUCCGCAACGCCUCUGCCGAACUGGAUGAUGAGAGCGUCUGCAUCGAGUGCAACUGCAACCAGAUGGGUUCUGUUCAUGACCGGUGUAACGGCACAGGCUUCUGCCAGUGUAAAGAUGGAGCCACGGGGGCCAAGUGUGACGACUGUCUGUUUGGAUACUACUGGAAACAAGGCUGUUACCUUAACGUCUGCGACGAGGAGAUGCUCCUGUGUCAGAACGGAGGAACGUGCUACCAGAGCCAGAAGUGCAUCUGCCCUCCAGAGUUUAAAGGGGUGCUGUGCCAACACUCCCGCUGCGAGGCGGGCAAAGACUGCAACGCCGCCUCUUCCCUGCACCUUACCACGGCCACCCUGCUGCUCUGCACUCUGCUAGCCCACCUGCUGGCCACGUUAACUCCCCACUGAGCCACGAUAAAAACCCCCUCAGACCGAGGAGAGUGUGUGUAUAUGUGUGUGUACGCGAGGCGAGGCGUGACCCACAGUGGGUUAGGGCCGCCUCAGUCGUGGACCCGAUGAACACACACCGCAGCACUUGCGAAAGCGCACACACUCACACAACACUGACUAGCCCCUUUCAAACACACAUAUACACACACACACACACACCUCAAAGGACUGUUAUGAUACUGAGUGUGUGCUCAGGUGUGAGAAGGACAAACAAAGGAAAAAAGGGGAGCGACCUCAGAGAAAAAAGAUGCAGACGAAGGGGGGAAAUAAUCAUACCAACCACUGUUCCCUUUAUUCCUGAGCUGGAGCAAUGUGCAUCAAACCAAAAAGCAUAAACUAAACACUUAAAUCACCACUGUUUCACUUCAAAGGGAAUGGCUGUUGUACCCACAAGGACCUUUUUCUUUUUUCUUUUUUUCUUGGUUGAGUUGAGGAUCUCACCUCCGUUUGACUGACGGCCAACGUGCGUGUGGUCAGACUCGACACGACGGACGAGUCGGGAGGCGAGGUGCCCAUUUGAUCCUGCUGCUGAGGCCUACAUAGUAUAUUAACCAGGUUUCAUUUCAAAAGAUGAUACUUGAUUUUACAUUUAUUCUAUUUCUGCUGCAUUCUUUUUUUAAAAAUUAUAUCUUCAGUCAUUGUAUCUAAUGUGCCCACUAACAGUCGCUGAGAUUAUACAGAUUAUAUAAUAUCCAGGGGGUUACGAAUUAUUAAAAAAUUUAGUCACUAUUAUGGUUGUUAUAGGAAUGAGUGAUUGUUGCCACACUUAGCGAGAUUUAAUCUUCACACAGUAUUCAGGAAGCAGAAUUUAACAGAAUUUAACUUAUCAGAAGUCCAAAAAGAGAGAGAAAAGAUAUCGACCACGUAUCAAUAUUAUAUGACAUUAUUUGAAUAUUUUUUGUAGAAAUUAUUUUUGUUUGGAGUUACAAUAAAUUAUAAAAAAUGACAUUUACAAGUAUUCCAAAUGAGCAUUUUAUUACACUGAGUGUAAACCUUGCAGUAAAUAUGACUGUUAUUUGCCUUCUUGCUUGUACUUUUUUUCAUUCAUUCAAAUGUCCGCGAUUAUAUGCUGUUAACAUCUUCUUUUUUUCCAGUGGGAUGAAAAAAAAAGUAAUCUAUUUGAUCUAUUUCAUUCACUUUGGCCAUGGUAUUGAAUGCUCAUAAUUACAAACAGACUAUUCCAGCAGUCUGUCUGACAAUCACAAAGAACUGCUUUUUCUGUCAAGAGAAUAUAAAUUAUUUUAUUCUGAUAAAAGUUGCAAAGAGCUUUUUAUAUCUGAAAAUGUCACUUGCAGAUACAGAACAAGUGAUGGGCUAAUUAGAAAUAUUCUCCAUUGUACAAAUGGUGGAGAUUUAAUGAUUCACGACAUUCGAGAGACAGAGAGCGGCUGACCCUGAGGCCACAUCUCUAACUCUCCUUUGCAAAGUUGUUCCAAUUACAGGUACACCCGAUUCGUCAGUUAGCAGGCCAUUAAAUAGGCGUUAUUAGUUGCUGUAAGCACCAUAGAUGUGGGUCAUUAGGGGCCUACUAUGCCUACCACGUUGUGAAAGUGAAACUUAAAUGCAACAUGUUCUUACAUGUUGUAAAGCUGAAUAAAACGUCACAUUUGAACACAAAAAGGCUUCUUUAGGUUUAGGCAAUAAUACUACAACUUCUUUAGGUUUAGGCAA